AAACAUAUUUGGCUGUACAGUAGUGCCAAAUCAGCAGAGGGAAUUUGAGGAGUUAUCUCCAGCUGGACUCUUCACAGCACAGUUAUACCGUAGUACAAGCUGAUGCAGCAGCGAAGCGACGCUCCGCUCGAUCUUUUUGGCAUGAUGGCUAGUUUACAGCACGGUGACUUCAUGCCGGAAGAAAGGUAUGUGAAAGGCGCUUCGAGGGCGGAUCAUUUUCUUGAAUGCCGAGCUAGCGCGUACGUGGCGGCGCGGGAGGAUGAGGAAGGUGUUAGCAGCGGCCUUUCUAGUCUUACUACGACUCGAGUGACGAGUCGCAGGCAGUCUGAGCGUCUCUGCGAAUCGUUGGAGUACCAACGUAAUUCACGGGGCUGGUAGAGCUUGCGAGGGCCUUCAACUGCUUUUCAUGCCACAGAAGUCAUGGAAGCACUGUGCUGAGUGUUGUGGUAGAAAGCUGUCCUCCAGGGGGCUCUUGACGCCGGAGUGUUUUCAGACGACCUUUGCCUGAGUAGUUCAUUCGCGAAAGAUUCCGCCAUAAGAUGGAUUAUUUCCCCACUAUCUGCGUUCCGGCAUUGGUUAGCUUGAGACGGACUACCAGACCAGUCAGUCAGCGCGGGAGCACUCUGUGUUUCGCGAGAAGAACUCGGAGGUCCACGAGAACCCUCUUGAGAAGGCGAAGCAGUGUCGUGUCGCAUGGUGGACAUUCCUUCAGAUCUCGUUGGGAGUGAGCUUCCCCCGCAGAUGCCGGGAGUGAGCUUACGGUGAAGCUCGCCCUGGAACGAGUAUCGAGAGUCAGCGAUCUUGUCAGGUGUUCAGCUGUUAGCAAAGGAUGGGCCGAAGCCGUUGUCAGUGGAAUUCUUUGCAUGCGGGUUGAUCACCAAGUUAUCCGCUUCAGCAUUCCUGCCGCCUCUGAUGAGAAUCGCCGCGACGAGCGCGAGACGCUGCCAUACGCAAACCUUCUCCAGGCCUUCCGAGUUUUCAGGCAGCUGACGUCACUCACCGUUGACAGCUUCUUCGUGACUCAUGGUGACACCUUUCUGGAAGCCCUGGGAUCGUCUUGUCCGUUUCUGCUAGCCCUGGACCUGUCCUGUCCUCGCUACGAUAACGGUCAGAACAAUAUUUCCAGUUCCGCUCUCCAGUCGCUUUCCACUGGGUGUCCCCGCCUGGAACGCCUGUCGCUGAACCUCCUGCAAUGUUCUGUACGGACGGCAAUAACCCCACCUGGAUAUUAUCCUUGUCGGGGCGUGUACAGUGCAGCGGUUCAGCUCUCCGGAUUCCGCCAUCCAUCACGCUGCUAUCGAAAUUGGAGGUUUUGGAGAUAAAAACGGACCGUUGCUUGGUGCUCGGACAUCAGUUUGAAGCUGUUGAAGAACCAGGAGAGACUGACCCGGCCAUAUCCAAUCUUCCUCCUCCGCUGCCGGAUUGGCGGUCUUCCCUGCCUCCCUCCCUCAUCGACCUUCGUUUGUCCUCAUCUGAUCACAUCAUCCUUCCCAUCUCUUCCCGCCGUUCCAACAAUCAGGAGCAGUCUGCUAUAAAUUCUCAUGCCACCAGCAACUCCUUUCCUCAAGCAAGCUCCAUGUCUUCCGGCCUGUCUGUGAGCCUCAGGGUAUGCUGUGACGUCAUGGUCCCAGCGCUGGCAUCCCUUUUCGACCUGGAGCUGACGUCAUUACGCCUCACGUCCCAUGGUGGAAUUCAGCAGUGUCCACAUACUCGUGGUCAUGCCUCACAUGGUGGUGCAGCAGCUGAUGCGUCUGGCCAGAGCAUUUCUUCCAGCAGCAGUGGCGAUGAGCAGUUGUUUGAUGAGCUGGUUUUUCCUGCUCAGCUGACCGUUGCAGAGUUUCACAUUGCCCACGUGCAGCCUGAGACACAGCAGUACUUCUGGCCUAUUUUCAUGGACCCUUCUCUCACUUUCUUCUUCCCUGCAAUGCCUACACCAGCGUACUCUAGACUACUUUCUCUACACCUUGAGAAGUGCAAAAACACCACCCUUCCUCCCUCGCUCGUUUCCUCGCUCACCAGACUGACCGCACUUUCAUUUUCCAGCUGCUUCGCUUUGCAAACCCUCGCAUCCCUUCACAUGGAUUGGUGCAGUGCAAUAGUCUCUGUUCCCCCUGAAGCCCUUUGUCUGCCUGCGCUCAGGUCUCUGCGCCUAACCAACUGCAGGCGACUGGAGAGUGCAGGGCUUGCUGGUGGCAGCAGCGAAGGUUGCUGCAGUCCACUAUCACUACAAGAGGGUGUUUUUUCUGGUUGUGGUGAUCUGCGCUAUGUCAACUGGAGACUACUGCUGUGGAGAACUCUGCUGCACUCGUCGGAGGUGAUGCUUCAGGUGAAUCUGAAGGGGUGCCGCUUGAGGGGCAUUGAGCAUGGUAUGCACAUGCUGGAGAAGACGAGUGCUACAGUCACUCUGCCUGAUGGAGGUACCUGGAAUUCUACUGCAGCACGGCCGUCCAAAAGCCAAGAUAAGAAGAAUGAUGAGACUUCUCUCGGCGUUAUUAGAUGCUUGGUCAAGUGACCAUGUUUUCCAUACUGCCAUGUAAGCGUACAAGAUAUUAAUGUGUGGCGUCUCCAUCUCGAAGAAC